GACAACUAGCUCUACAUAUAUACACACACUUACCUUGGUUUUACCAAGACUUUUACUGCACGCACUGUGAAAGAAAUUUUGAAAGACAAUCUCAAUUAGAAAAUCAUUUAAAUCUACAUGGGCAAUUUGACACAGACUACAAGUUAAGACUGGAGUCAAAAGUUGAUAAGCUACAAGUAGAUUACUAUAAAGAAAACAUUCAUCAUCAUAACAUUGCCAAAAUUAUUGAGGAAAAAGCGCCACUUUUGUCUAACCAGCGCCUGAGGAAACUGCUUCGCAAAUCUAAGAUGGGUAAAUCAUCGACCAGAAGGCCACCAACCCCAUUACAAGACGAAAGCGAUGCAGCCAUAAAUGCAUUGAUGGAAAUGCAAGAUACUAUUAAACAGAGCCCACCCCACAUUCAGCAAAAAGCCGUCCCUGAGGAGAAACUGGUGGUCUCCAGUCUUCCUAACCCUCCACAAACUACUAGCAGCCGGAAGAGGAAACUUGAGAGCGAAGAAAGCUCGCAACUAGCCAAGAGGGUAUCCAGCCUGGAAGAGCGAAUCACCCACCUCAGCUCCAAGCUUGUUCAGGUCUGUGAGCAACAAUCCACAGACCUGAAAGCACACAUAGAUGUAGCGUUACAAGACUAUACCUCCAGAGUAUCCAAUUAUAAUCUCGAGCUGACGAAAGCAAUCCAACAUGACAUUGAAACUUUGUACCAGAAUAUCCUAACCAAAACUUCCACUGGCCAGCAACACAACCUAGACCAUGCCUUUAUUGCAUUCUCAAGAACACUUUUAGAAAAGAAGUGACUUCUAAAAACAUAAUUUAUAAUUAUCAUUACCUUAAUAAGUCUCAGUGUGUUGAGCAUCCACAUCAUACUUUAAAAUCUCAGUGUGUUGAGUAACCUAUAUCCAUUAUAUUAGUCUCAGUGUGUUGAGCAUCAACAUCAUGUUGAAAAUCUCAGUGUGUUGAGUAAUAUAUAUAUCCAUUAUAUUUUAGAAAAAGCUCAGUGUGUUGAGUAGCAGAUAUCCAUUUUAUCUUCAAUGUUCAGUGUGUUGAACAAAGUUAUAAUGAACUCAACAAAAUUCCAGUGCUUAAAAAAUGUUCAGUGCUUUGAACAUUCAUCAUAUCCAAUAAUCCAUGAUGUUCAGUAUUUGAACAGGACAAUUUUGUUCUAUGACAUUAAAUUAGAUCAAGUAUCUUAAUGUUUUAUGUCACCCAAUAUAAGUUAUCAAGUGCAACAGGGUGUUACAUCAACAUUUGUAUUCAUCAUUCA